GUGAUAUUGAGAGAUAAUCUCACGCCUCCACCAAGCAAGCCUUUUCCGUCCCUUUCUCCUGCCCACUAGGGUUUUCUCAAACAACCACUCAUUGCCGUCCAUUCCUUCAUCGUCUCUCUCUGAGCCUCGGUUUAGAUUCUGACGAUGACGGGAAAGGCUAAGCCGAAGAAGCACACGGCGAAGGAGAUCGCGUCGAAGGUCGACGCGGCAACGACGAACCGGGGCGGUGGGAAGGCCGGGCUUGCUGAUCGUUCCGGGGUGGAAAAGGGCGGGCACGCCAAGCUCGAGUGCCCGCACUGCAAGGUGACGGCGCCGGACAUCAAGUCGAUGCAGAUCCACCACGACGCCAAGCACCCGAAGGUCGCCUUCGACGAGUCCAAGCUCGUCAAUCGCCACGCCACCGUUGCCGCUGACACCUCCAAGCCCCGUCCUGGUGUCCGCGGCAGCUUGAAGAAGUGAAAGAAUGAUUAGCCAAUCGCUACGUCAUGUCCGCAAUGUUGCUAUCGCUGUCUUUUUUCGGUUGGGGUUUUUCUUUUCUUUGAUCUCUUAAAGUUAAGUAAGCGAUUGGCUUGCACUUUAGUGUGUUUGGAAUGUAUAUUGUCUGCCUUAACGAUGAUGAUGGUGAUGAUCUCUAUGAUGAUGGCUACUUGUUAUGAACUCAUGGAAAUAAAUUAUGUGAUGUGCUUAGUUAAUUGUA